AUGGACUUGGAAUCAAUGGCGUCGGCAAUCGGCGUCUCGGUGCCGGUGCUCCGAUUUCUCCUUUGUUUCGUGGCAACAAUACCCGUCAGCUUCCUCUGGCGUCUCGUCCCCUGCGGACCACCUGUCAAGCACCUCUACGCCUCAUUGUCCGGUGUUAUUCUCUCCUAUCUCUCAUUUGGGUUCUCCUCUAAUCUACAUUUUUUGGUCCCCAUGCUCUUGGGUUACGCUUCAAUGGUGUUGUGUCGUCGGUAUUGUGGGAUCAUCACCUUCUUCUUGGGAUUUGGGUACCUCAUAGGAUGCCAUGUAUACUACAUGAGUGGGGAUGCAUGGAAAGAAGGAGGUAUUGACGCCACUGGAGCGUUGAUGGUGAUAUCAUUGAAAGUCAUUUCAUGUGUGCUAAAUUACAAUGAUGGAAUAUUGAAAGAGGAGAAUCUGCGUGAGACACAAAAGAAAAAUCGGUUGCUUAAGUUGCCAUCAUUGACUGAGUACUUUGGCUACUGCCUCUGUUGUGGAAGUCACUUUGCUGGUCCAGUUUAUGAAAUGAAGGAUUAUCUUGACUGGACUGAAGAGAAAGGGAUUUGGAAGCCUUCUGAGAAGGGACCAUCACCAUCACCAUCACCUUAUGGGGCAACAAUUAGAGCUCUUCUCCAAGCUGCUAUUUGUAUGGGUUUGUAUUUGUACCUGGUGCCCCAUUUCCCGCUGUCUCGGUUUACUGAUCCCCUAUAUCAAGAAUGGGGGUUCUGGAAACGGUUGUGGUACCAGUACAUGUCUGGCUUUAGUGCACGUUGGAAAUAUUACUUCAUCUGGUCAAUCUCAGAGGCUUCUAUCAUUAUUUCCGGCCUGGGUUUUAGUGGUUGGACAGAUUCUUCUCCACCCAAAGCACGAUGGGAGCGUGCAAAAAAUGUUGACGUUUUGGGUGUUGAGUUGGCAAAGAGUUCAGUUGAAUUACCGCUUAUGUGGAACAUACAAGUCAGCACUUGGCUACGCCACUAUGUUUAUGAGAGGCUCAUUCAGAAGGGAAAGAAACCUGGUUUCUUUCAGUUGCUGGCUACACAGACUGUCAGUGCAGUCUGGCAUGGAUUAUAUCCUGGGUACAUCAUAUUCUUUGUACAGUCUGCUUUGAUGAUUGCUGGUUCAAGAGUCAUUUACAGGUGGCAGCAAGGUACUACUAUGCCUUUGAUCAAGAAGUCACUGGUGUUUAUGAACUUUGCUUACACGCUUCUGGUUCUGAACUAUUCCUGUGUUGGUUUCCUGGUAUUAAGCCUGCAUGAAACACUUGCUGCGUACGGGAGUGUAUAUUACAUUGGAACCAUUGUUCCCAUAGCACUUUUUUUCCUUGGUAACAUAAUUAAACCGGCGAAACCAGCCAGAUCUAAAGUUCGAAAAGACCAGUGA